AUUUCCAGGCUGCAGUGCCCCGCGAUGGCGAUCCUCAGUCGCCUUGUCGUCCCUUCCUCAGAGUAUUGAUACUAUUGCAUCUUCCAAAGGUGCGUGUGCACAAAAAAUGCCAGGACAGUUCAACGAGACAAGUUCAUCGAUGCGGGAACUAGAGGGGAGUAGAGAUAUACCACAUUAGCCCCGACUUGCCUGUGCAGUGAGAGAGGAAGUCGAAGACCAUUUUCUUUUGUUCCUCCCCCGGAGUCAAACCUCCCUAUUCCCCCUUCCAUUAUGGAUCCCCACGCUGGAUUUGACGACGUCUCUCCCGGCGACGCCGAGAAAAAGGUUAAAGAAGCCCAGGAGAGCGAGCCAAUCAAGGUCGGCAUGACCGUCGAGACGAAGGACCUGUUCAGGGACGACCAUCGCGAGCCGUGGCAGGAGUGGGCCCCAGACGACAUCGGGAUUGCCUCCAAGUCCACGCCAGCCUCUGCCAAGUUUGCGCUGAUCGUGAGGCGCGAGAAGAAGAACGGCAAGACAGACGAGCCGGUCCUCGCACUGCACUCUAUCACGGUGCAGAGUCCGAUCAUCAAGAAGCUUCUCGGGCCGGUGUUCGCGGGAUACCGGGGCAUCAACACAAACCUGAAGAACCAGGAGUUCCGCGCGCCGUUCCACGAGUUCUUCUAUCGGUGGGGCCUCUUUUGCGCAGCCGAGCCUGCCCAGGACCAGGGGGAGGAGGGCGAGGUGGAGAGGCAGCACUACAAGCUACUGUUCGACAUCAUCAGCCCAGAGAUUGCGACAAGCAUCGAUCAGACCAAGGACCUGCUGAAGAAUGGCGUCAUCUCAUUCGAGUACGUGUGGGCGCUGUUCGAACCGGGCAUCGAGGUUUACUCGAGCAUCGAUGGGCAGGACCGCCUGUCCCUCCUUGACAGUAGCGGCUACCAGAAGCUACCCGAUGGCAGCGUAAGCUUCAAGCUCACCUGUCGGUACGUCGGGACCGACGGGACGCACUUUGGGUUCGUAUCUACGUCUCAGUCGAUCAGCCAGUUCGACAAGUUGAUGCCCGUGGUCGAGCUGAAUGUACUCCCGAGCCAUUUACAUCCUGGAAUCGAUGAGAUACGGCCGGUGCUGGAGGAGAAGGGCAAGAAGUUUGAAAGCCUGCUAGGCGUGCACCAUAAGUCGUAUUUUGGCUUUUACACCCUGCUCAGAAUGCAAAACGGGGCCUCGAACAAGCAAUUUGGCGAAAAUGCCAGGAUCAUGGUCGACUGUGGCUCGUUUAUGAGACACAACAGCGGAUCGUCCAUUGACCUGCUUCCGUUGGACCCAGGAACCGUGGGCUCGAGCCGUCCAGGUGACCCAUUGGACCCCUCCACCAGCCUCGAUGUUCUCCAUGACGACUACGACGACUUGGCCUCUAGGACGAUGAGACUGAUGGCGCAAAGGGCUAGCCGAAUGCAUUCUAUAGGCUUGAAGAGAUCUCAAGCCACAUCUCUCGGUAAACAGCAUUACGCCCUAUGCACACCGCUGGUUAGAGGAUAUUGCCUGACUAGCAAGAAGUGGGGCUACUUCAACGUCGAUGCAAUCCGCGACAUCACCUGGAACGAACUGGCAUUUAAGCGGCUCGUGCUCCCGCACGACUACAAGGAGACCGUCUUGGCGUUUGUUCAUGCUCAGCUAUCCCAUGCCGACAACUUCGACGACGUGAUCGAGGGCAAAGGCCAAGGCAUCAUUAUGCUCUUGAGUGGGGAGCCAGGCACCGGGAAAACGCUGACCUCGGAGUCAGUGGCCGAGGAGAUGAAGCGGCCGCUGUACGCAAUCGCGGCCGGCGAGCUCGGCAGCGACGCGGGCCAGGUCGAGGAGAGCCUGAGGCGGGUGCUGGACCUCUCGACGCGCUGGGGCGCCGUGCUCCUGCUCGACGAGUGCGACGUGUUCCUGGAGCGCCGCAGCUCCUCAAACGUUCUCCGCAACCAGCUCGUGUCCGUCUUCCUGCGCCUCCUCGAGUACUACCGGGGCGUGCUGCUCAUGACGACCAACCGCGCCGAGAACCUCGACCCGGCGUUCGAGUCGCGCAUCCAUUUGUCCAUCAGGUACCCGCGGCUGGAUUGUGUGAGCAGGUUGGAGAUCUGGCGGACUUUUGCCGGGAAGAGGAAGGAGGGAGGGAAGGGGAUGGAAGGGCUCGAGGAGGAAGAGCUUGCCGAACUGGCCGGCGAGGAGCUGAACGGGAGGCAGAUCAAGAACGUGGUCAAGACGGCGAGGCUGCUGGCGGCGCGGUCUGGCGGGCUUCUGAGGCUCGAGCAUGUCAAGAUGGUGCUGCGGGUUAAGAACGGGGAGGCCGCUGGUUUUGCGGCGAAGUAUUGACCGGUGGAAACCACCCACCUGACGACGAAUACGGCUUAUAACGCUUAUGGCACGAAGCUAAUAUAAAAACUGCCCUCUUUUUCAACGUCGGAGCCUUUAUCCCUUGCCCCAAGUACUUAAAACUUGAUAGUCCUUGUAAUGGCCGACCCUACUGAUUCUAG